AUGGCCACUCUCUUCCGAUCGAGCCUCCGAUUGCGCCCUGCGACGCGUCUUCCGAUCGUCCGCACCAUCAGCACCUCCCCUUCGCUGCGCGCUGCCGCGAAGCCCUACUUCGCCGACGAGCCCGCCGCUCCCAAGCUGGCCACCGCCAUCCCCGGCCCCAACAAUCAGAAGGCGACCGCCGAGCUGAACGAGGUCUUCGACGUGCGCAGUCUGAAUAUGCUGACCGAUUACUCCAAGUCGACCGGUAACUACAUUGCCGAUUUGGACGGAAACGUGCUGCUGGAUGU